AUGUGCACUGAGAGCUCGAUUGAUGAGUGCCCGGUGAAAGGAGACGCUUUUGAGGGGUCAAUCAUUCGAAAAUGUUGCUCGGGUCAUUGUUCUCUCCAAGAUAUUCGAGCAUAUUGUUGUUCGAUUACAGAAACCGAAAAACCGAUUGAGGAACAAUCGAACUACCUGGAUUUCUUGGAGACUCGAAAUGAGAACAGUGAUGGAGAUGAGGAAAGCCAUCCAAAGAAAAUCCACCACUCGCACAAGGAUCGUUAUGAAGUGCUCAAUUUC